AAAAAAAAAAAAGGCACAAAAAAAGUGGAAACUUUUUAUCCCUGUCCAUUCCAUCAAGUCCUGAAAAAAAUCAAAAUGGAUUUAGAGAAAAAUUACCCGACUUCUCGGACCAGCAGGACAGGACAUGGAGGAGUGAAUCAGCUUGGGGGGGUUUUUGUGAAUGGACGGCCACUCCCGGAUGUAGUCCGCCAAAGGAUAGUGGAACUUGCUCAUCAAGGGGUCAGGCCCUGCGACAUCUCCAGGCAGCUUCGGGUCAGCCAUGGUUGUGUCAGCAAAAUUCUUGGCAGGUACUAUGAGACUGGAAGCAUCAAGCCUGGGGUAAUUGGAGGAUCCAAACCAAAGGUCGCCACGCCCAAAGUGGUGGAAAAAAUUGCUGAGUAUAAACGCCAAAAUCCUACCAUGUUUGCCUGGGAGAUCAGGGACCGGCUGCUGGCGGAGCGAGUGUGUGACAAUGACACGGUGCCUAGCGUCAGUUCCAUCAACAGGAUCAUCCGGACAAAAGUACAGCAGCCACCCAACCAGCCAGUCCCAGCUUCCAGUCACAGCAUAGUGUCCACCGGCUCCGUGACGCAGGUGUCGUCGGUGAGCACGGACUCGGCUGGCUCUUCGUACUCCAUCAGCGGCAUCCUGGGCAUCACGUCCCCCAGCGCUGACACCAACAAGCGCAAGAGGGAUGAAGGCAUUCAGGAGUCUCCGGUGCCGAACGGUCACUCACUUCCAGGCAGAGAUUUCCUCCGGAAGCAGAUGCGGGGAGACCUGUUCACGCAGCAGCAGCUGGAGGUGCUGGACCGUGUGUUUGAGAGGCAGCACUAUUCGGACAUCUUCACCACCACGGAGCCUAUCAAGCCUGAGCAGACCACUGAGUAUUCAGCCAUGGCCUCACUUGCUGGAGGGCUGGACGACAUGAAGGCCAACCUGACCAGUCCUACACCUGCUGACAUUGGGAGCAGUGUGCCAGGCCCGCAGUCCUACCCCAUUGUGACAGGCCGUGACUUGGCGAGCACGACCCUCCCCGGGUACCCUCCGCACGUCCCCCCCGCUGGACAGGGCAGCUACUCAGCACCGACGCUGACAGGGAUGGUGCCUGGGAGCGAGUUUUCUGGAAGUCCCUACAGCCACCCUCAGUAUUCCUCGUACAAUGACUCCUGGAGGUUCCCCAAUCCGGGGCUGCUUGGCUCCCCCUACUAUUACAGUGCUGCUGCCCGAGGAGCUGCCCCACCUGCAGCUGCCACUGCCUACGACCGCCACUGACCCUUGGAGCCAGGUGGGCGCCAAGCACUUGUGUCACAUAUCAUUGAGGGUGAUAGCCUUCAGUCCCUCUGAAGACAGCCAGAGGGGCCUGCUGAGACCAUCCCCAGUAACCUCCCCCAGUCGUCUGAAACUCCCUCCUUCCCCUUCUCCUGUCAGGACUUGGGUUUUAUGGCAAGGCUAUUGGACUUCCAGAUGCCUGUCCAUUUCUGAGAGCCAAUUGAUGAGCCUCUCCCAGUGACCACUGAGUCUCUGAGAACCAAUGGACCAUUGUACAGACAACUACAGCCCAGCCUGGCCUGCCAGUCCCCCAGCCAUCUGAGCACCUGUCUGUCUACACUGCCAGGCCUGGGAAGGAGACCUUACUUUACUUGCUUUAGCAGCACCCGUGUAAAUACCUUCUCACUUUUCUGUGGGCCCAAGGGUCCGACCUAGCAGACUGCCCAACUCAUUAUGUAUCCUGCACUCAUGGUGCAUCACGGGACAUCUUAGACCUGUGCACGGAGCAUCCACUGUGCCCUGGGUACCAUCUGCCAGGUGAGCUCAGAGUUGUCUUUGACACCAGAGGAUGCCCACCUCGACACCCCCCCCCCCAGCCUCCUGCUCAUCUCUACUUCUUUCAUGUUUCAACCAGGAGUCUCAUUGGGCUGGUUGUGCUGUAGGCUCCCCUGAGACUCCCCAAGAGGAACACACUUUUGGAAGAAGCCCUGGCUUCCUGUCUCCAUUUCCCUGGGGCCAAUGGAGUAUUAACAGCUUUUUUCCAGAUCAAAGAAUUCAAAGAGAACUGCCAGGGAGAUUCCUCAGAUUCCUCAGCUACUGUGCAAAGCAAGAUAUCCUCCAAGG